ACCGCGGGGACAGCGGGGGGCUCCGGGACCGCCAUGGACUCGCCGUCCGGCGCCGGGCUGGGCGGCGCCGACCCGCAGCUCCAGCGCUUCAUCGAGGUGGAGACGCAGAAGCAGCGCUUCCAGCAGCUGGUGCACCAGAUGACCGAGCUGUGCUGGGAGAAGUGCAUGGACAAGCCAGGGCCAAAGCUGGACAGCCGGGCCGAGACGUGCUUCGUGAACUGCGUGGAGCGUUUCAUCGACACCAGCCAGUUCAUCCUGAACCGGCUGGAGCAGACACAGAAGUCCAAGUCGGCCUUCUCAGAGAGCCUGUCCGACUGAGCUGGACCCAGCCCCUGCCAGGCCGGGCCUGGCCCAGGCCCACUCCUCCCGAAGGAGCCAGGAUCAGCUCAGGGGGUUAGGAUUUAAAUAAAUGCCAUCUCGGGGAAGCUGCAGCCAGAUGAGAGCCCACAACAGAGACACGGACGCCUCACGCCGGGGUGAUGUGCCGCUCCCAGUGGCUGCCUUUGUGCUGGGACCCUGCGCUUGGGACAUGCCCCCUCGGCUCAGGAGAGGGGUGGUGAUGCUCAUUCCAUGGGUGUUUCCAGUGCUGAUGUGAAGCUCACUCUGGGUGAGGCCAGCCUGUGGUUGCUGCCUUAAACAGUGCUGCACAGACCAGCCCUCCUGGGUACAUGCUGACAUCCCCCCAGGCACCAUCCCAGGCUGGGACAGGCACCUGAGCCAGAAGAGCUCCUUGGGAACAGUGAUCAUCCCAGGCAGUGUCACCGCUGGAAAAUACUGUCAGGCUUCCGUAGGUAAAUCAUUCAUAUGCCCAAGUGACCAAUUUUCACACUGCAGCACAACUCUGUCGAUGCUGACUUGCUCCAUUAACUGCUUUCCCUGGGUAAAUGUAAUAAAUAAUAACUGGGUCAAUUUUUAA